AUGUUAGGGGCUCCUUGUCGUCUUGUAACGCUAACAACAGAUGCCUCUCUCACGGGCUGGGGGGCGGUCAUGAGUGGCCACUCUGCCCAGGGUCUGUGGGAAGGACAGAUGUCACGCCAUCUCACUUGGCACAUCAAAUGCCUGGAGAUGCUGGCCGUAUUUCGAGCACUGAAAUACUUUCUACCAGACCUGAGAGAUCGCCAUGGGUUGGUGCGCACCGACAACACAUCGGUGGUUUCUUAUAUCAACCACCAGGGAGGUCUGCAUUCGCGCCCCUUGUACAAGCUGGAACACCAGAUACUUUUGUGGGCCCAAGGGAAGCUCCUUUCUCUAAGAGCCAUUUUCAUCCCUGGGCAUCUCAAUGUGGGAGCAGACGUCCUGCCGAGGCAGGGGCCGAGGCCCGGGGAAUGGAUGCUUCACCCCGAGGUGGUGAAGCAGAUAUGGAGAGUCUUUGGCCAGGCUCAGGUGGACCUCUUUGUGACUCAGGAGACAUGGGUCAAGGCUCACUCCACCCGAAGUGUGGCGGCCUCUAAGGCCUUCCUGUCGGGUGUGGCUAUGCAGGAUAUAUAUAACGCUGCGGGCUGGUCUACGCCGCUCACCUUUGACAGGUUCUACGACCUCGACAUUCGUACCGCUCCUGGUUCCUCCAUCCUCUUGCCGUAG